AUGAAUCUAGAGAAGGGUCGUGCACAAGGUCAAGGACGGGCAAGAGCCCGAAGUCGAGCGAGGGCUAGAGGCCGAGUCCGCAAUGUGGAGAACCUCUAUGAGGAGGUGGCAUCACAGGAUGAACAGGUUGACCCCGGGGCAGUCAUUAGAGACGAGGGUCGUGUGCUAAAGCUGAUCAAAGACAUUAGUAGUCUGUCAGCGCCAUCAUUCCAUGGAGGCCUGGAUCAUAUGGUGGCAGAUCAUUGGAUUGAGAGUAUGGAAACCUACUUUGACAUAGUGAUGUGCUCUGAGAUCGAGAAGAGGAUGAUAGCCACAUUCUUCUUAAAAGAUGAUGCUAUGUAUUGGUGGAAGAGUACAAGACGGACUGUAGAUGUGUCCACUCUGACUUGGGAGGGUUUUGUGACACUCUUUCGAGAAAAGUACUUCCCAGUUACAGUGCAGGAGGAAUUAGAACUAGAGUUCCUUGAUCUAGUACAAGGAGGUAUGACCGUCAGGGAGUAUGAUGCCCGUUUUGCACAGUUGUAUCGGUUUGUCAAGCCAAUUGGUGCAACCUCCUUAGCCCAGAAAUUUCUACGGGGACUUAAGCAAGAGUACAAGACCAUCAUAUCAGCACUUUGUUUGUCUACCAAAGAGCUGAUGUAUGAGAGUGCCCUGAAUAUGGAACAGGCGAAUAAGACUCACGGAGGAGAUGUGGAAAAUAUGGAUAAUCGAGGAAAAUGCAAGGCAAUUAAUUCAGGCAACGGGUCCACAGGACCGAAAGGUGGAUCUUGGAAGAGGCCGAGAACCUAUUACCAGACUCCAGCUAAGGCUGCAUGUCCAUCUGCUAGGACUGCACAUGUUAGACAGUUAGCAUCAGUAAGGUGUUUCGUUUGCAACGAAAUGGGGCACUGCGCCACAACUUGUCCGAAACCAAAGAGAACAUGCUGCUUUAAGUGUGGGCAAGUGGGACAUAUGGCUAGAGAUUGCACCCGACCUCCGCAGGGUAGACAGGAACAUCAGCAGAUGCAGUUACCAGCGGGCCAAGCUAGAGUGUGUAGUGGGUCAACGAGACACAGGAGUAGAAGGUACCUUAUCUAUUUUUGA